AUGGAAGACGAACCUGAGUGUUUACUGAUAGCAAGCGAAACAAGCGAUCCAUAUGCAACAGUGGUCAUCAACCCAAAGACGGGGGUUUCUUGUUGGUCUUAUAAGGGGAAUGAACUGCAAGGAGAUGUAACAGGAUCUGUUGAAAUGCUUGACAGCAAUCGCCUUAUUGUAGUAAUCAAAGACAAACCGUUACUGCAUCUCCUUUCUAUGGAUAACAGUAAACGUUUCCACAUCAAGAGUGUGCUUCCGAAAUCGGUGCGUCACUUAGCUGUAACGCCAGAUGGUAGCAUACUAUUCGCCACAGUCAGCAAUCAAAUAUACGUUUGGAUUAUUGCUACAGGCGAACUCAUUGCUGUAAUUAAUGGUCAUUACCGAUCUAUAUCUAGUUUGCUGCUUAAUUGUGAUGGUUCACUUUUGGUGUCUGGAGCGGAGGAUGGCACUGUAUGUGUGUUUAUUGUUGCUGAAUUGAUGUCAGUACAUCCAACUUUAGAAAAUGCUAUCCCAUUCCGUCAGUGGCGACCACAUUCCUUAUCCGUUAGCAAUAUUGCGGUAACACGUCAUAGUAACGCUCGUAUAAUAUCUUGUUCCAAGGAUCAUACCGCCGCAUUGCAUUCAAUUACGGCUAAUAUGUGUUUAUUAAAGAUUUCAUGUGACAUAGCCUUAUCAGCUUGUGCAGUUGAUCCCGCUGAGUGUCGAUUGUUUUUGGGCGCAGUCGAUGGAUCUUUAGUGCAGUUAAAUCUCUAUACUUUGAACAAAACAGAAGUAUCGGUUGUAAUUGGAGAAGAAACUGUCGGAAAUUUGUCACAGUUCAAGGGUCAUUCAGCAGAACUGGCACAGUUGGACGUAAAUCAUGAUGGCUCUUUGCUGGCAUCCGGUGAUGUCUGCGGUGUUUACAUGAUUUGGGACAUUUCAAGUCGGCAGUGUUUGAAAACAUCAUCUUUAAAAGGACCCAUUUGCAAAUUGAAGUUUAAUAUGCGAUGGAAAGCUGCGGCAGAAAGCGACAAAAAGAAGCAAACAUCCCCUAUUUCUAAUCUCAAACGACAGAAAGAAAGAAAAUUACCUGCGCUUGUAUUGUUGCAGGAUCGGAUAUCCAUUGAAAAAGACGAAGUUUGUGUUCGAGAUCUAGAUAGGGUCAUAUCUGAUUAUGCUAAAGUGGAAAUCCGGGUUAAUGCGUCAACCGACAAUGAACAGCACUGUGAAUACAUUGCUGAAGACGUAAAAGCAAUGGAAGGUGUGGAGACCCUAGAUCCAAAAACAGUGGAAUCCUUGGAAGCAAAAAUAACGGCGUUGGAAAAGAUUAAUCAACAAAUUUAUGAUUUCGCAGCAUCAUUGAUCAUUGAUCAUAACUGA